UUUGGGUUAGGCCAACUUUGGGUUAGGCCAACUUUGGGUUAGGCCAACUUUGGGUUAGGCCAUAGCCAUAGACUAUGGCCAUAGCCCUCUUAACAGUUUAAAGAGGGCUGUGGGCUUUGAAUAAAGAAAGGCUGUGGAGUUAGGCCAGUCUCUGGUUAGGCUAACCUAACUUGUGUCUUUUUUCACAACUUUGAUAUUCUGUGGUUCACACUGGUCAGUUCAGUUUGCAUUCGGGCAAAAUUGAUGAAAUUAUUUGACUCUAACGACGAUUAACAAUGGUUUCGAACUGUGUUGUUAAAGGAUGCUCCAAUGAGCACAAUAAAAAUAAGCCAAAGAGUUUCCACACGUUUCCUUUUAAACGCCCAGAUAUUUUGAAACUUUGGAUUACCGCUGUAGGAAGGGAAAAUUGGUAUCCCUCAAUGACAAGUAAAAUAUGCGAAGAUCAUUUUCUACCAUCAGAUUACCUCAUCCUCAAUAUGCCAGGUUAUAAAAGAAAAAAAUUGAAACUUGAUGCUGUACCAAGUGUAUUCAAUAUACCACCACGUCUAGGGAAAUGCAUAACACACACAAAUAUUGAAAAACCAAUGGAGGGAAAUUUAAAUAUCCAUCCAGAUAUUCAUUCACUAUCUACAUCUACAACACCGAUAGGAGCAUUGCUAGAUAGUAAGAAUUUGAACCCAGAUGUUAGUUUAUUGUCAACAUCAACAACACCGCAAAUAUUUGUAGACAGUAAAGAUUCAGUUAGGAACAUAUGUGUCCAUUUACCAUAUACAUGUAUGACAACACCACAAUCAUUCGUACAUAGUGGAGAUUCAAACAAGAAGUCAGAUGUUAAUUUACCAUCUACAUCUACAACACCAUUUGUGGAAAGUAAAGAUUUAGUCAUGAACAAAUAUGUUGUUUUACCAUAUGUGUAUAAGACCACACCAAAACCAGCCAUAGUUAGUGAAGAUUUAGAUGUGAAGCCAGAUGUUAAUUCACUAUCUACAUCUACAACAACACCAAAAUCAUUUAUAGAUCGUGCAGUUCAAACUUCAGAAAAUCAUCAUAUACAACUCCAGCGUUUGAAGAAAAAAUUGAAGGUACUACAACAGAAAGUUAGGCGACGAGAUGCAACAGUUUCAAAAAUGAAAAAAAUAAUAAAGGAAAUUAAAAAAAGUGGACAUAACAAUAAAAAAGUGGAUGAAAUUUUGAAAAAUUAUUUUGACGGUGUUGAUUAUGUCCAGAUAGAAAUAUCAGAAUAAAAUAAAGCAAAAUGAAAAUAGAAAUCAAAACUUUAUGGACCCUUGAAAAGAUUUUCCUGAAGAAGUACUGAGCUUUUUGGAUCAGGAAAUGAUCUUUCUUGAACAUUAUAAGCUUCACAUAUGGUCCCAGAAUAGAACCUUGUGUUGUCAUUCAGUUCUGGAUCAGAUAUUAUUAUUUUACUUUAUUUUCAUAGACUUAUUAUCUUUUUGAGCUCUUUUGUCCAGAUAGGAUUCAAGGAGAUUCUCAUACUCUUCUUAUUCUGUAAUUCUCCAUCUGACCCUAUCAAAGGCUUUGGACAUAUCCAAACAUAGAGCUGCUAUACUAUUUUGCUGAUUUAGGGACUUAAUGAUGAAGUUUAAUGCGUUUACAGUAGAUUUACCUUUUCUGUAGCCAAAUUAUUGUUUUACCAGUAUAUUAUUAUUCUCAAUAAACUUAAUCAAUUUAUCAAAGAUUAUAAGUUCAAAAAUUUCAUUCACACUGGCUAAAAGUGAUUUUGGUCUAUAAUUAUCGAUAUUACUUUUGAAAUAAAUGGUGAUGAAGAACUCACUCAGACCAUAUGAAAGAAAAUGUACCAAACCAGUUCAUGAUAACGAUAACAUUCACAAAACUGCUAUAUAUUAUACAAUCUGGUAUAUGUACAAAAAUAAGGAAAAAAUCACUGUGUCGAUUUUGAAAAAGGAACUCAAUGCUUGUGAUCUUUGUGGAAUAUAUUACACACAACUUCGGUUUGAAAUUUUCUGAAGAUGAUCCAGGAAGUUGUUGAAUUAAAAUGCCUCCAGAAGCUUCAAAAAGAAUGAACGUUUACACAGCCUAUAUUCAGUACAGAAAUGAAGAAUUGUGACUGCUUAUUUUCUUUAGCCAAACUUGGAUUUUCAAAAAUUGUAGUCUUGAUCAAUACAUGAUAUUUUUUUCUUGU